AUGGGGUCGUUGCAGGGCGACGUCGCCACCUCGCCGUCUCUGUCCAGCACCGGGAGCAGCGGCAGCGGCAACAACGACAACAAUGCCGGCGGCGGCGGUGGCAGCAGCGGCGGGGUAAGGAUAUACGCGUGCUUCGCUUACGGCGGGACCAACAGCUUCGAGUGCUACGAGCCGGGCGCCAACAGGUGGCGCCGCGUGGGCGGCAUCCCGGGGGUCCCCGACGGCCACGUGCUGAAAGGCUUCGCCGUCGUCGCGGUCGGCGAGUCCGUCUUUGUGAUCGGCGGCCGGCUGUGCCGCAGGGACGACGUGGCCGACGGCGGCGGCAGCGAGUACCACGACACGGACGUGGGCGUGCGCGCCGACGUGCUCCGCUACGACGUGCGCCGCGGGGAGUGGCUGGCCUGCGCGCCGCUCCUCCUCCCGCGGUUCGACUUCGCGUGCGCGCCGUGCCGCGGCAGGAUCUGCGUCGCCGGCGGGCUCUGCUCGCUGUCGGGCGCCCGCGGCACAGCGGCCGCCGAGGUGUACGACGCGGAGGAGAACCGGUGGUCGCCUCUGCCGGACAUGAGCACGAUGCGGUACAAGUGCGUGGGCGUGACCUGGCAGGGCGGCUUCCACGUCGUGGGCGGGUUCGCCGAGAGCACCUGCGCGGCGGACGCGGGCACCAGCAUGGUGCUGCAGUCGUCGGCGCUGGAGCGGAGCUCGGCGGAGGUGUUCAACUGCCACAGAGGGGUGUGGGAGAUCAUCCCGGGCAUGUGGCAGCUGGACGUGCCGCCGAACCAGAUCGUGGCGGUGGCCGGGCGGCUGCUGAGCUCCGGGGACUGCCUCAACAGCUGGAAGGGGCACGUGGAGGUGUACGACGGCGAGCUCAACAUCUGGAGCGUGAUGGACCACUCGGCGCUGCCGGACCUGUCGCUGCUCGCCAGCAGCCUCCCGCCGUCGGCGCAGCAGCUGUACCUCACCAUGGCCGCCGUCGGCAGGCAGCUCUACUUCCUGGCCGGGUACGAGGUGGCCGGCGACGACGAGGACACCUACAGGACCGUGUCCCUGGUGCACAGCUUCGACACCGGCGCCGUCCCAGGGAUUGUCCCAGCCUGGAACAGCUUCCAGCCCAAGAUGGACCAUGAGCACAACGUCGAGGAUGGCAGCAAGGAGCUCUUCAGCCAGUGCUGCUCCGUCCAGCUCUCCAGUUAA